CGUCCAUAAAAUUCUUGCUUAUUUCUUUCUUUCAACAGUUUGUGAUAUCUUUUUCCUCAAAAUUUAGUUUAAUUUCUUCAAAAUUUCAUUAAUGGAGGCAAUGAAGAUGAAUGUUUUCUUGGUGGUUGUCAUGGUCGUGUUGGUAGCCAUGUCCGGAAUUCAGAACGUAGUUGCAAUGGAUGCGCCUGCACCUGCUCCAGCCUCAGAUGCCAACGUAUUUGUGCCGACUAUUGUUGCCUCUUUUGUAGCUCUUGCAUUUGGGUUUUUCUUCUGAUUGAGCUAGCUUGCGUGGAUGUCGACUAAUCAAGUGUAGCUCUUUAUUUUGUCCGACUAUAUGUUGUUUGUGUAGAGUUUUUUUUGUUUUUUGUUAAUUGUUAUUUCAACUCAAUCUGUUAGAUCAUUGAGAUGAGAAGGAGAUUGAGGUUCAUUUAUUUGUUUUCUAAAUUUUUGUACUUCACUGGGAUAUUGUCACCUUGUACAUAUGUUCUUGUUCUGGAUAUUCUUAAGUUGUUAUGAAUAUAUAAUGUUACUAUGUGA